AUGGCUCUAGCUCCGAUCCUUGCUGCUGCGUUCGUGAUCUUCUUCAUACUGUACUGGAAGAAGAUGUAUUUGCUGAUUCAAGAACGAAUACGGGUCAUUCAAUGCGUUGACAAAAUUCCAGGACCUUAUUCUAUACCUGUGUUUGGCACCACUUGGCAGUUCAAAUGGAAUAUUGCAGGUUUGUCCAUACAAAUGAGAGAAUGGGGCAACUAUUAUGCCGGUCAAGGGCACGGGUUGAUAAGAUUUUGGUUAGGUACAAGACCUAUGAUUGGUUGCCUCACUGCGGAAACUGCGAAACUGGUCUUGGAACGUACCGAUAUAAUAACGAAGGGUGAAGAGUACAACAUCCUCAUGCCAUGGCUCGGCACUGGUUUGCUCAUUUCCACAGGUGAGAAAUGGCGUGCGAGACGCAAAAUCCUGACUCCAUCUUUUCACUUUAAAGUUCUCAACGAUUUUAUCGGCGUUUUUGACCAGCAAGCAAAGAAAUUUGUCUGUCAGUUGGAGGAUGCAGCUGCCAGCAAGCAACACUUCGAUAUCUUUCCAUACGUCAAACGAUGUGCUUUGGAUAUCAUUUGUGGUAGGUCAAAUUCUAAGAAGAAGCAAGUUAGACCAAGAAUUCCUGCCUUGACCCAAGUCAAUAUUAUCGAAGCGGAAAAGAAAAGAAAAGUUUCUUUUACUGCAGAAACGGCAAUGGGAUGUCAUGUAUCCGCUCAGGAAAACCAUAAUCAUCCCUACGUGUUCUCUGUACAAAGGAUGAGUGAACUGGCGUUUCUUCAUGAACGAAUGCCAUGGAUGUGGAUUCCCGCAAUUUGGUAUGCGUCAACUUAUGGGCUCGAGUACGACCGUCAUUUGAAUAUCGUCACAGAUUUUACCAGAAAGGUAAUCAAUGAGAGACUUUCCGAAAGGGAGGGGAAAACUCCUGUGGACGCAGGCAAGAGAAAGGCAUUUCUUGACCUGCUCCUUGAUGUCCAAGCUGAGGGAAACCUCACUUACGAAGACAUUCGAGAAGAGGUUGACACAUUCAUGUUUGAGGGUCAUGACACCACAGCUUCCAGCAUGGGGUGGACAUUGUGGUUUCUAGCACAUAACCCCCAUUGUCUAAAGAAAGUACAGGAAGAGCUGGACGAGAUUUUUGGUGAUUCUGAUAGAAGCUGCACCAAUGAUGAUCUGAAGAUGAUGAAGUACACCGAAAACUGUAUAAAGGAAUCAUUGCGGCUUCGUCCCCCUGUCCCUUUCUUCACUAGGAAACUUGAAAACGAUAUCGACAUCGAGGGAAAUGUGCUUCCCAAAGGAUGCUCGGUGAUGGUCACCCCCUUCAUGGUGCACAGCAAUCCAAUGAUCUAUAAAAACCCUGAGAUUUAUGAUCCAGAACGGUUCAGCGAAGAAAACAUGCUGAAUCGACAUUCGUACGCGUUCAUUCCAUUCAGUGCAGGUCCCCGAAAUUGUAUAGGCCAAAAAUUCGCUCUGCUCGAAGAGAAAACCGUUCUUUCGUGGUUUUUCCGCCGAUACUCGAUUAGGACAGAUAUCGCACAUGAGGACAACAUUCCACUGCCGGAAAUCAUACUCAGACCGUCGCUCGGCUUUCCCGUUGUAAUUUCAAGAAGAUAGAACGAAAUGUAAUCGUGAUUUGCCGGUUCUGAGCAUAUUUGGCUGUGUAUUUGUAAAGUAUUUGUCGUGAUGUUUUUUUAUAAAAAUGUUUCUUUGUCGAUUAAUGAAUUUUUCUAAG